UUUUACAACCCUAUCGAUUACUUAGUACAUAUCUUCACUCUACGUUUCUUCUAAGCAAAAGCGCAUUUUAUGAGACCGCCGCCGCCUCGACGUCGCAUCGCCGCCCUCUGUCGUUUCCAUCACCGUCGCCGCCUCUGUCAUCCGCAUCCUCGUCACUGCCUGUUGUCGUUCCCGCCCUCCUCACUGCCCUCCGUCGUUCCCGUCACCGUCGCCACCUCUGUCAUCCUCCUCACCGCCUGCGUGCCAUGUUCGCCCGGGCCACCUCGCGGGAGCGGCGGCCAGCGGCGUCGGCGUCCGUCUACCUCAACGUCUACGACCUAACCCCCAUCAACGGUUACGCCUAUUGGGUCGGCCUCGGCGUGUACCACUCCGGCGUCCAAGUCCAUGGGGUGGAGUAUGCGUACGGGGCGCACGAGCACCAGAUGACGGGGAUCUUUGAGGGGGAGCCCCGGCAGUGCCCCGGGUUCGCCUUCAGGAAGUCCAUCCUGAUCGGCCGCACCGAGCUGGGGUCGCGUGAUGUGCGUGCGCUCAUGGAGGGCAUGGCCGCCGACUACUCCGGCGACACCUACAACCUUAUUUCCAAGAAUUGCAACCACUUCUGCGAUGACGCUUGCCUGCGCCUCACCGGCACUCACAUCCCCAAAUGGGUGAAUCGCCUUGCCAAGAUCGGGUUUCUCUGCAAGUGCGUGCUUCCGGUACGAGUAGCGGCCGUGCGGAAGCGCGGCGCGGAAGAUGGGAAACGCGGGGUGGACGCCGACAAGCGGCGGCUGAGGAGCAACUCCGCGAGAUUUCCUCCGGAAGAGGCCACCGCGCCUCCCAGCAGCAUCUCGAAGCCGGAAGUCACCAUCACCUCGCGAUCGACAGGUGGAAGGAAGCUCCGGCGAUCGGCGUCGUCGUCCUCUGCCGGAGGACUAAGAGGAAGAGGCGGCUCCUCGUUAUGUUAGCGAAAUGCCGGUGACGGCGAUGGCAAAUAUGGUGGGAAAGGACCUUCCUGGUCCUGGUCCUGGUCCUGGUCCUGGUCCUGGGAAGUGAAGCCUUCGCCAAACUCUUCCUUUUACUUUCCAAAUUAGAGUGCAAAUGAAAAUAUUUCUUUAUUCAACUCCUCCCUUUUUUCCCCUUUUUUUUCGGAGAACUGCCGCGAACCUGAGCCGCUAUCACGAUACGAUCUCCCUACCAUUUUGGGCGUGUCCGGAGCUGGCUGGUCGGUGUUUGGUCCUCUGUUUUGACUGCUUUGUUUCUAACUGUAGAAUAGAAUCGAAGGAGCGGAUCUAUUGUAUUGUU